CAACCGAAGAGGAAGGAGGAUGAGGAAGUGGCUGGAGAAGAGGACUGGACCUGGAGAUGUAGCUACCAGCAGUGAUGCACCAGCAGCUGUCAGGCAGCUAGAUAUUAGUAAUAUUUGACAAUGCGAUGGGUAACUGCUGGGCAUACUGUGUCGGGCUCUUCAGGAGAGAAGCCAACAGGAUCCAGAGAGGAGGCGGAUCCAAAUAUUUCCGAAGCAGCACCACAGGGGAACAUUACACAAUAGAGUUUGAAAAUCUGGUAGAGAGUGAUGAGGGGGAGGGAGACAGCCCGCAGCCCUUCCCAAGGCCCAUCAGUGAAGAUGAAAUCAAGCACCUCAGAGAACACCGCUACACUGCGAUCUCAGACAAGCAGAUCCUCAUAGACCAGAAGCUACAAGCAGAGUUAGAGGCACAAGAGGAGAAUUUAAGGCUAGAAGAAGAGGCUAGAAAUGCUGCCCAGCGUGAGGCCGCCAAGUUGGCACGUGAACGAAAAAUGAAGGAGCAGCUGUCUGCCCAGAGGACACGGGGGAAAGCAGAUGGCUCUGGCAGUGAAACUCAACAAAGAAAACAAACCUCUGGGGAGGAUUUCGAUGCCUACCUCCAGAAUGUAAAAGCCCAGUCUGAGGCUUUCAGGAGCAGCAGACUUCCUUCAGACACGAAUGUGGUAACUCCCAACACAGAGUGCAGCUGGGAUUUCACCACUAAGACCCGCUCCACCAAUGAUGACGGCACCUCACUGGACCUAGAGUGGGAGGAUGAGGAAGGAAUCAAUCGAGCACUUCCAGCCUGGGAGAGGUCUCGGACGGAGGAGGACAUCCUGCGCGCAGCCCUGAGGCCCGGCGGCAAGCAGAUGAACAGCGGCCCGACCUCGGCCUCCGAGGACUCCAACGCACUGGAGUGGGAAAAUGAUUUUGUGAGUACUCACCCAGAGGACAGUGCAAACACUGAAUUUGAAGGGUUUGUCAAUCCCGUCCUAGACACUCCCUCUGAGGACGCUUCGGACUGUGGCCUCAGGUUGGACAACCAGGACAGAUAGUGUCCAGCACCAAAGGAGAUGUUUGUCGAGCCGUCUUCAUGUCAAAGCUCACCAGCUUUUUGCCUCAUGAAAUGGAAAUGUACUUACAUGCUCUUCAUAUUCUGUAAUAUGAGACUCUGAUGCUGCGGUAAUAUGUUGUGGAUCUCUACACUACAGUGCAUUGUAGUGAUGUUUUUAUCAAAUACUCAUUUUUCAGUGCCUUCAUUUGCUGAAUUAGCCGACCAUUUUAUGCGUUGUAAUUGGUCAGUUACAUCCAUUACAACCAUUUGACACGUUGCUCAGUAAGUGCUGAUUUUCAGAGCACAGGUGGUCCUACAUAAACUAGUAUGUUGCCAAGUUACUUAUUAUUACUUUAAUGUGAAAGCAAGUUGCUGCUGUAGGACAUGUGUAUUAUACUCACUGAUAGAAAUGGGCACAUUUCACUGGUUGCAGGGAGGGUGUUCAUGCAGAAUCAUAUAUCAAGGUACUUGGUCUAAAUCCCAGUAGGGGAAUUUGUUCUCUGCAUUUGACCCCUCCUAACUAUUUAGCAGCAGUCUACAGCCACAGAGCAGUCGGUGCCUGGGGACCAAACGCAGUUCUGAGAUCAGAGCCUUGCUCAGUGGUAAUGGCAAGAGUAUUCUGCAUGUAUUCUGGGUUGGGAAGAAACCCCCACAUAAGCACAGAAAACAACAUCAAAGCUACAGAAAAUAGUCCUCACUCUGCCCUUCUUCUCUCACCUGUUUCAGUUUUGUCCUCCUGAUUUAUCAAGUUACUGCAUGAUGGCUAAAAAGAACUGAAUUUCACAUCCACACAACAAGUUGUUGAUGAAAAAGAUGAAACAUUAGAGUAAACUUUCAAUUUCAAUUAAUCAGCACAAUGGUACAGCCACUGUCUCCACAUUUGAGACUGCACCCAGGAUGGUUUCUACUUCUUGUUUAAAUGUUCCUUUGAAUCAUGGGAUGCUUGCUCAGCCUAUUUUUGUAUAAUUGUUUGUAUAACAGCGGCCUCAGACAAGGCGUGCAUUUUGUGAAAUGCUGUCGGUGCAUGCACUCUGACAAGAAGGCUGGGCUCACUGCGCUGCCAUCAGCUGCUGUGCUAAGUGAGUUUUUAUACUUCUAGUCCUGUUGCUGUAAUUUGUGUAUCUUCUGACAUUUUAAUAGAUCAACAAAUCAGGUAUCUAAUGAGGAAUUCAUUCAACCAGGCUCAAAAGCAACCUCUGUAUUUGAUGAAAAGUGUCAGCCUCUUAGGUCUAACAGCUUCAUGUCCAGAAAAAUAAAAAUGGAGAAGCCCAAGCAUGAAAACACCUUCACUGUCCUUUUGCAGUAAAAUGCUCAAUAGUAUUUUGAUUCUAAAUAUACACAUUUCCAAUAGUCUAUUAGUGAACAUCUGACAACUAGAGACCUUUUUAUAAAAUAAUUUAAUUAAGCACAUACAGUGACUCAUGUUCAUGGGCCUGUUGGUCUAUUGUAGAACAUCUGGAUUUUUUGUUUCCAGUGAUUGUCUUCAACUGGUUCUCUGCUUAAUUGUAAUAAGUAAGGGAACAUGGAAAUAAAAAUCCUCAAAUUUAAGAACUUUGAAUGACCAAUAUUUUGACAGCACUAACUACCUUCACCAAGGAGGUUAGGUUUUCACCCAUGUUGGUUUGUUUGUUUAUUUGUCAGCAAGUUUACGCAAAAAAGAGCUGAACCAAUUUUUACCACACUUGAUGGAAGGAUGGGGCCAGAGAAGAACCCAAUAAAUAUUGGUGCAGAUCCAUUAGAGCAAGACCGACAUGUAGGAUUGUCUGUUGUAUGCAGAGGUAUGCGCUCUACUGAGUGCCAUUCUAGUUCCUGCUGAUUUUCUAAACCGUGUCAUGUAUCCAAACAACAUGGGUAAAACACAAUUAUUAAGCUGUUAAUGUGAAACACAAAAUAAUACAGCGGAAUGAUGAAAUAAAUAUACAACAAAGGUGGAAUAUCACAGGAGACAAUCUUUACUUAAAUGAAAAAAUCACUCUGUUUACAAGCUUUAAAAAAGACACUGCUGAUUUCUGAUUGGUUGCUCAUGUUUGGCAUUUAUUCAAGACACAAAUCACUUUUGAGUGUAAUAAAUAUACAUCUAAAAUGAUAUGAAAUCCAAACCAGGUAUUCUGACCUUAAAAAACAUUCAUAAAUCUUAGUCUGUAGUUGUUCCCUGCUAAUAAUGAAAGCAAUAUAUUGUGGAGAGUGAGAUCUGAGAUUGGAUGCAAAAAGACCACUGUUAGCAAACAUGCCUCUGUGGCCUAAACUUCGGCACGUUCCAGGCUUUAAUUGAUCCAGAGCUGCUCUCCCAGGGAAUGUGCUGUAUACAUUAUUCUAGUUCUUGUGCAUCACAUUUUUAUACGCUGAUGUUGACCCGUCACAUUCAGUCGAGCACGAGUUGGGACAGUGAGUGUUUCACACUUAUUAUUUCAUCUGUUUGAAUCAGAGGUAGUUUACAGAUUGCACUCUAAUGUGUGGACUUUUAAUUUGGUUGUAGGAGAUGAUUCACUUGUGUGAGGAAGAAAAUGUGCACUACUAUUUAAGUGUGUAGAUGAGACACGGGUUCAUUUGCAGAGAUUUGAGUUGUGUUAUUUAAAGAUAGUAUUGUUUUUAAACACAUUACGAUAUUAUGCUUUGCUGUGAUUACAUGAUAUCUGGUUAAUCACUGUAAUUUCCUGUAAAAAAAACAAAACAAAAACAAAACUGUAACUUAGCUUUCCUUGUCACACUGAGCCUAAGAAAAAAAAUAAAAUAUAGAUAAAAUGUCUUGGACAUCACAUGCAUUCACUGUAAAGACCUGGUGUACAUGGGGCACAGAGCACAGCUGUUGUUUGGUACAUUUGAAGUGACAUUAAUUAACAGAACCAUCGUCAGUUUAACUGGUCUUGUUAGUUGUUGGUAAGUGCAUAGUUUUGUGAAUUUUCUCAUUUUGUAAAGUGAUAUUUCAUACUGGCAGAAUGUUUGAAUUUCUCUCCCAAAAAAAACCUACAAGUACAAGACUCAAGGUUGACAAACUGAAGUGAUAGGGGAAUUACAGACAACAGCGAAGCCACUUCAAAGUCACACUUUCAUUGCGAUACAAACUACACAUUUAUGAUACACAUUAUAAAUCUAUAAUACAAAUUACUAAUCUAAACUCUCUACUAAGAGCUUGAGAAAAGUCUAAAAAAUACACAUCUUGCCUUUCCAUCUGUAAAAAUAUUAUAUCAAAGUGAACUCUCACUUUACCCAGAGGUACUAUAUGGAUGUAUUAUAAGCCACCAGUUGGGGCUACCACUAAUUUUUAUACGGCACUGUGGUGUGUGUUUCUUUGUGAUCCGUCAUCACUCAUCACCACUGUGGUUCAGAGGGUUAAAACAGACACUGUUUGUAAUACUGUAGACUCAUCCACUGAAGCCUGUUCACUGUACAGAUCACCUUUUUUUAUAAAGUCAGUACUAGUAACUGGUUUCCCAAAAUCAUAUGACUUAGUCAAGGACAAACAACCGGUAAACCUCCUCAAAUGAUGUUGAAUGUAUUCAUCUCCUCGAAGGCAGACUGCGAAUUGAAGUUUAGCUUUGGGGAACGCUCUGCUGUUUAUUGUUUUCAACAAAAUCAAAAAAGGUCAAAAUGUGAAAAUCAAAGUAAUUAGCUGAAAAGUCUCACCUCUCUGGAGGUCGUCCACAGUGGUUCUCCGUCUGACUCAGCUUUGUAAAAGUCGCCUUCUUGCUUCAAUGUGUUGAAAUGGACGGUCAAAAAUCUGUGACAUUUCUCAACACUGAAUGUCCCUUUGCUGCUCUGUGUUUAAAAUACAACACUGAAUCAACUUCCUGUCAGUUCAUGAAAAUGUUACUCAUCAGCUGCUCUGAACACUUUGUGCCUUGCUGGCAUAGUUUUCAUAUGAAUAAUCCUCUGUGAAUGGGAAGUCAUGUAUUUUGUAAUUCUGGUUUUUGGAGUAAGUAGAAGACUUAAUAUAUUUACUAUUAUUAUUUACCUGUUUGAUCAACGAGCAUCUCUUACCUUAUAAUGGUUACAAAGUAAAAAAUACUGACAGAUUUCCUGAUUUGGAAAAAAUAGGAACGUGAUAUAUAACUCAAUUUGUUAAUGUGAUGUACUUUAUUGUACAUUUAAAUGUGAUGUUUUUAAUCACACUGCAGCAAGACAUUUGGCAGUUGUUACACAAAACAGUUACUUACAGCUGUUUCUGUAUGAAUCCAUAUAACUAUAAUCAUUCAUUUGUCCCUUGAUGACCCCACUUAAUGGAAGUUUGUCACAAACUGGACUAAAGUGUGCACAUAAGAGUAGAUUUGGAGGGGGUCAUCUUUUCUUUCCAAGGUUGCACCAAUAGACACUACGACUUUACUUCCUUUUUAGCCUGGAUGUCUUUGUAAAUAAAAGUUGUCUUUGCACAUUUCCAUUGCUAUGGCAUAUUUUUCUUUACAAGAGAUAAGGAGGUUGUGGAAAUGGUAAUUCUUUUUUGUACAUAAAUUAGUAAAAUAUUUGAUUACUUAAUACCAUGGUUUUGGUUUUCUAUGACAAACGUAAGAAAAAAUUAGGAAAAAUGUGAGCAAUUUCUAGAAUUGGCUCAACGCCACUAUGUCAAGGUUCAUUGUGAAUAUUUAAUUAGAUCAGUGUAAACUCAUAGCUGCAUUGCAGCAACACUGGCAUUUGAGUAGACACAACCUCUUGUGUUUUGUUUUAGAAAUAGCAUCGAAUGAGUUUCCUCUGCUGGUUAUAUUUGAGCAAAUCGUUACUGUCAACAUUUAAGAUUUCCUUAAUGGGGACAGAAAUGGAUGGAGGAUUUAACAGAAUGGGACAGAUAUUUUUAAACAACAGGCAGAAAUGUAAACUUUUCCUUCUCCUCACAGUAAGGACCAAAUCUCGAGUGUGGCUGUAGGGUUAAUUGCCACCUGUUUCUCAUUACCGACCUGUAACUUGUAAUAAGCACAUUUGCCAAUGAAGGAUUUCUCUUCUUUAUUAUGACAAUUUGAAGCUCUGAUUUUUCUUGUGGCAUGCAACAUUUUGGGUUUUGUUUGAUUGCAAUGAAUCCAGCCUCAAAAUAAACUGGUACCCAAGUCA